CCGCUGAACCGUUACCGACACUAUUUCCUAAAUGAAGCAAGUUUCAUACGUCACCCGUCAUGUCACUGCUAUUGCUAAUCUAGGGAGUUACAAAUCUAAACAAGCUACGAAAUUAUCGUAUCGGACCUAAUUUCGUCAAUUUAAAGUUCCUGUUGCGCAUUAUUUUUCUUUCAGUUGUUUCAGAGAACCAUGGCUGCUCCUUUAGCGUCUGACCAGAAGUUCUGUUUGCGAGAUGUUCUCGACACGUUCCGGUUAUGCCUGUCGGAAAAUAAAGAAGUAUUCGUGGAACACUACGUUGCUGGAUGGCGUGGUCUGGUAAAGUUUCUGAACAGCUUAGGGAGCAUCUUUGGUUUCAUUUCUAAGGAUGCUGUCAACAAAAUCCAGAUCCUGGUCAGCCACCUUCAUGGCGAGAACGGCGCCCACUACGUGACUGUCCAAUCAAUGGUUAAAUAUGAACUAGAAAAUGGAUUGGUUGACCUAACUGAAAAAGGCAGCCAUCAGGAAUCGGGCUGUCGCACACUACUGAGGCUCCACCGUGCACUCAAGUGGUUGGAGCUGUUCCUGGAGCGCCUCCGCACCAGCACUGAGGACAGCAAGACGUCCGUCAUGUGUACAGAGGCCUACAAUGAAUCUCUCGCCCAGCACCAUCUGUGGGUGAUCCGUAAGGCUGCAGGCAUGGCGUUCUGCGUGCUCCCUGGGCGCCAGGCUUUCUUUGAAGUGAUGAAUGUAGGCUCUCCAGAGCAGGUGGUGGCUAUGCUAGGUGAAGCUCUGCCUCUUAUCUCUGAAGUGUAUCAGAUUACAGAGGAACUUUACGAUCAACAUAACCUGCUUGACUUACCGUAGACAACGAUAACGUUUGAAAGGUCACCUCUGUACAAGGUGAUUAUCAACCACUGCAGCCCAGGGACUGUCUAACUGGCUGUUAUUUCUGUUUUGUGACAUUCACUGCUGUAUCUGUACAAGGAACUGCAUAUAGUUCUAUUCACCUGUUUGCACUUGAGUCAGGCAUGGAAGGACGCAUGCCAGUGUUGACCAAUCAUUAACUACUUGAAUGUAUUACUAGCUGUAUUAGAAAGAUGCAUGCUGAUCCAUUCCUAAUUAAAAUCUCCUUGAAGCCUU